AUGUCUGAUAAGAAUAUGCGUGCGUAUGUUCCAAAGAUUAAAUUCACGCUCGAAGAAGAUGAACGUCUCACUGAAAUCAUCGAAAGGAUUGGUACCAAGUCAUGGAGAUUAAUCAGUCUUGAGAUGAAAAAUAGGACACCAAGGCAGUGUCGCGAAAGAUGGAUUAAUUACAUUAGCCCUCAAUUACGAAAUGAUCCAUGGACUGAGGAAGAAGAUAAGCUACUCGACGAAAAAUGUCUUGAAUUUGGUUCAAGGUGGCAUAAGAUAUCUGAAUUCUUUAAUAACAGAAGUGGAAAUGCUAUUAGAAAUAGAUUCAAAUUACGCCAAAGACAUGAACUUCGCCAAAGUCAUAAACUCAAAAAGCAAAAGCAGAAAAAAUCUACUACUCCAGCACCCCAGCCAAUAAAGAAUGAAAAUUAUGUCGAGGCAAAAGUUGAAGUAGCUGCCCCAGCAUGCCCAAUUGACCAAAAUGAGAAUAAGUUGUUUGAUCAACUCUUCUUCAAAUUCCCUAACGAUCCAUUCGAAUUAUUCCAGUUUGAUCAAGCAUCCGCUGAAGACUGGAUGGAAAGUACAUUCCAGGUCUAA